UCGAAAGAAAUCAGACAUGAUAAGAAGUCUAAAGACAGCAAGACAUGCAUUUAAAGUUUCAUUGAAGUACCAGAAGGAAAAUGCUAUAACUCGCUAUACAUGGAAUAAAUUAUCGGUUUCUUUCUUCAUAAAACUUUACAGCUGCUUCUACUUCAAAAAAUUGCAAGAUUGACCUGAAGUCAUGAGUUUUGGUUCAAAGCCAGACAACUUUUCAAGAUAUGGGUUUGAAAAUGCCCCUCUGAGUAAGCUGCUUGUAUUGGCCAGUGGAGCAGUAACUGUAAACUAUCUGCUUAUGCCCAAGGAAUACUCUACAUUGCUUCACCUCCAUUGGCCUCUUGUUACCGUGAGCAAAGAGGUCUGGAGGUUGAUAACCAGCCAAUUUGCAUAUGAAAGCACUUUUGAGCUCUUGUGUGGUUCUGCAUUAAUGUACAAUCUUAGAAUUCUGGAGAGGCAGUGGGGUACAAGAAAAUUUGCAUCCUUCAUUUUUGCCAGUUCUUCAAUCACAAUUGGAUCACACUUCUUGGCAAACUAUUUUGAGUGGAUCUCCUCCUAUGUUCCAGUUUCAAAAACUUUGGCUGGUGGAUUAUAUGGACCAAUAUUUGCUUUGAUGUUUUAUUAUGCUAAAGAUGUUUAUUGUGGAUCUGUACUGCCAAGACAUAACAAUAUUUCAAUGGGCAGCAAAUUGUUGAGCUAUUUAAUAGCCAUGAAGAUGAUGCUCUUGAACAAAAGCUCCUUGGUGGCAAGCAUUCUUGGUUUGCUGUCUGGAGUACUGUAUAGACUCAAUUUUGUGUAUGUUUCAAAAUGGUUGUGUAUCCCAACGAGAAUAUCACAGCUCACCCAAGCUGUUUAUGACUGGUUUCAAGUAGGGUCUGAUAAGAAAUCAAACCACUGUAAAAGUUUUUAUGGGGCAACAGCAGAAAUUCAUGAUGAUAUGGUGUAUGAUUACUUGUCAAGAUGGCAGAUGUCACAAGGAGGAUUUGAAUCGGGGCCGAGGCCACAAGUUGGACAGGGCUACAUGGAUAAUCUCCAACCCCGUGGAACCUCGUUGCAAGAGUUUUUGGAUAAUUUGGGUGCAUCCCCAAAUGGUCAUACAGUCAAUCAGUGGGAACAGGGUGACACAACUUCUGACUCCCAAGCAAAUCAGAUAAGGAGAAGGCAGCUAGAAACAGACCAAGAGAGUGAAAAUGAAAAGAUAGAGCGUCUUGUUGAGAUGGGCUUUACACACGAUGCUGUUGUUGGUGCUCUGGAAGAAUCAAACCAUAAUGUUGAGAGGGCAACAAAUAUUCUCUUAUCACGUGUCUCCAUCUAGCAUUGGUCAAAAUUCAACCUUCAACCAGCUAGGGACCAAUCAAAUGACAAGCUAUGAUCAAGACUCAACGAAAUCACUUUCACGCUUGCAUACCACUGUCCAUAGAAAGAAUGCGAAUUUUUUUUAAACAAUUAGAGACGAUGAAGUUUUCAGUUACACCGUAUGUGACACAGUUUUGCUAUCUUGUUUUUGAAAGCUUUGUAUUAAAGCAGAUUAGCUAUCUAUUUGCUAUCUAUUUGUAAUGUGAAUAAGGCCUACAGCCAAGCAAUGUACUGACCAAUAC